AUGGUGGUAUCCUGGGAAGAUUUCAAAGUGGGCCUUCACUCUCGCUACGGUGCAAAUCAGUAUAUUGACUUUUUUGGGGAGUUAACCAAGUUGCAACAGCAAGGUACUGUAAAGGAAUAUCAGGUACAAUUUGAAACACUUCUAGCUAAGGUGGGACUUCUACCCACUGAACGACAAGUAAGUUGUUUCAUAAGUGGGCUUAAAGAUUUAAUACGCACUGAAGUGUUAGCCAAUCGACCUGCAACACUAUCUGCAGCCAUUUCUCUAGCACGCCUUUAUGAGGCAAAGGUGAGUUCCCAACGUAAACUUGCCAUUCCUAUCAAAUCCAACUUGCAACAGCCUUCACGAUCAGUAGCGGGAACUUCACCAUCACCAACUCCCAUUAAGAAGUUAAGUCUUGAGGAGCUUAAUGAAAGAAGAAGGCUUGGUUUGUGCUUUCGUUUUAAUGACAAAUAUGGUCCAGGACACAAAUGCAAACAGUUAUUUUUCAUUCAGGCUAUAAUUGAUACUGAAGACGAUAAAAUUGACAUGGAGAUUGAGGAUUCUUCAUCCCCAGACCUUCCCCGUGUAUCAAUCCAUGCCAUAGAUGGUAUUUGUGACUCUAAGACCAUGAAAAUUAUGGGGCGCUUGAAGGAUAAAACAGUGAUGGUUCUUUUGGAUUCGGGCAGCUCGCAUAAUUUCGUGAACGAUGCUUUGGCAAUUAAAAUUGGAUUGCAACUAGUUCCAGGGAAGAAGUUUGAUGUAAUGGUGGCUUCUGGAGAACGUUUAACGAGUAUGAGACGGUGCAAGCAGGUUUGUCUUAAUCUCCAAGGCAACUCUUUCAGAACUGAUUUUUAUCUUUUACCUUUGGAAGGUUACGAUGUCGUACUUGGAACCCAAUGGUUACGGAUGUUGGGACCAAUUGUUUGGGAUUUUUGUCGCUUAGAGAUGAGAUUUCAAAUAGAUGAUAAAGAGACACUUCUAUGGGGCAUAAAAAAGUCAGAUGAUCAGAUUGUGGACAAUUACCAAAUGGAAAAAAUUACUUGGAAACGUGGCCAGGGAAUUCUUCUUCAAUUACAAGGAAGGCAACAAGCAGAUCCACCAUCAGUGGUUAUGCCAGAAAUUCAGCAACUAUUGGAAAGGUAUCGUAGCGUGCUACGGGAGCCUUGUGGUCUACCUCCCUCACGGACCCAAGACCAUCGCAUACCUUUACUUGAAGGGCAGCAUCCUAUCUCACUCAGGACGUAUCGCUAUCCCCAUUAUCAGAAGGGGGAGAUCAAAAAAAUAGUAGCCGAAAUAUUGCGGUCCGAAGUUAUCAGACCCAGUACAAGCCCUUACUCAUCACCCGUUAUUUUGGUCAAGAAGCAAGAUGGUUCAUGGCGCAUGUGUGUCGAUUAUAGGGCACUUAACAAAGUUACAAUCAAAGACAAGUUCCCAAUACCGGUGAUUGACGAACUUCUGGAUGAGCUGCACGGAGCAUCUUUUUUCACUAAGUUGGACCUUCGAUCUGGAUAUCACCAGAUUCGAGUUCACCCGUCGGACAUAGAGAAGAUAGCUUUCCGGACUCACCAAGGGCAUUAUGAAUUUUUGGUGAUGCCGUUCGGUCUAACAAACGCACCAUCUACCUUUCAGUCUCUCAUGAAUGAGGUAUUCAAGAAAUAUCUACGAAAAUUUAUUUUGGUUUUUUUUUAUGAUACUCUUAUUUACAGUAAAGAUUGGGAUGAACAUAUGAAACAUCUAGAGUUGGUUUUUUCAAUAUUAAAACACCAUCAGUUGUUUGUAAAGAUGGAAAAAUGUCAAUUUGGCCAAAGAGAAGUUAGGUACCUUGGUCAUGUUAUUUCUAACCAAGGUGUGGUUGUUGAUCCAGAAAAAAUAGAAGUUGUAAUGAGUUGGCCCAAGCCUACUAAUCCAAAGGCUAUGAGAGGUUUCCUUGGCCUUUUGCGGUUAUUACAGGAAGUUCAUCCAGAAUUUUGGAAAAAUCGUAGCUCCUCUUACUCGUAUGUUGAAAAAUAA